AUGGGAUCUGUCGAAGUUGUAUCGAGCCGACUCGAGUCGUUACCUCCUCGUCCGCCAACACCACCGCGCGAGACAAACCAAGCUAUCGAUGCUGCUGCCACGAAGCAUCUUCUCGUCAUCCCCCCCUCCUCCGAUCCUCGACCUAUGCACACGCCGCCGAAUGUGUACUCACCCCUCUCCGGUGCCGACUCCACGAAUCCGAGCAUACGCAGAGCUAGGAAACGCGUGGGCUUCUCGGCCAAGGCACAAUACAACGAGGCACCCAUCUAUCCUGACGCCAAAUCUUUGCCGAGGCCGUCGCCGCUCUCUGCGCCGUCCUCGACGCAACCGAAGCCUGUCAAGGGUAUCCUUAAGCAGACUUCUUCUCCAAGUCCACUGAACUCCAGCAACCAAUCCGACACGCUGGCGACACCAGCAAAUAUCGCAGACAUGUUGGAGUCGACAGUCAAGCAGCUGGCGGGUGCUGACAGAGACUCGAAGCGGGAUGCUUAUACCACACUCGUCAUGACGCUCAAGACGUCAAACAACCUCCCCGAUCGGAUUGCGCUGCAGGGCAAGAUGGGCCUCUUCGUCCAAUUCAUCCAACGGGAUAUUACAUCAAAGAAUCCCACAACUAACGGAAUCGACGUUCCUCUCACCAACAACGCACUUUCCCUAUUGGCGACGUUCCUUCAUUUCCCCGCUAUUGCCUCAACGAUACCCAACGAUUUCGGUGUUUUCUUUAUGGACCACAGCAUCCGAUCCUUCGAGGACUCGUCGACACCAAAGGAUGUUGCUCGACACCUGAUGCACUGUGUCGCUACCCAGGACUUCUCGUCGAAAGUCAUGACCUCCGAUCGCGUCCGCCGCCUGGUCGCCGCCCUCCGCAAGAUCGAACAACACUUGCAGGGAAAGAGCAUUGUCAUGUCCCGAAUCAUGAUAUAUAGGAGGUUGAUGCAGCAAACGAAGCAGCUGAUGGCAGCCCACUCCGAUUGGCUCAAUGAUCUUUUGUCAGACAUGUUGAGCACUAUCAAAGACUUGCGAAAUGCGGCGAUAUCCCUCGGUUUCGAAGCCGUCUACAUGUUCGGCAAGGAGAAGUUGCUGUCGCGGAAGGUCAUGGAGCUCUUUGACGCGUCCAUUGAAGAGAUGAAGUACGCAGAGCACUACCACCGACGACUGUUCGCCAUGGCCAAGGAAAAGGAAGACAGAACCAUGACCGCAUCCGUUCCCAAGAUUUGGAGUGUGAUCAUGCUCUUCAUGCGCUGCCCGCUCGACCGCUGGCAAUACUUCAACCAAUGGCUACAGCUCAUCCAGAUGUGCUUCAACAAUAACGACCACCCGCAGACCAAGCAGGAGGCGAACCAUGCCUGGAAUCGAUUCGUCUGGUCCAUGCAUACUGAGGGCCAGUCUUUCGUGAAGCUUCUUCCCACAUUAUACCAACCCCUUGGCAGCCAGAUCAAGUCAAAAUACACCAGCAAACACAUCCGCGAGGUUGUUUUUGGCAGCAUCUGCAACCUCCUUUACUACACCUUCAGGCCUGGCACAAGCGCAACCCACCUCGACAACUACUGGGACGCCGCCGUGAAGCCGAUCACAGAACUCCCCAAGGUAUCCGCGCGGAAUCCUGACAUCGUCGAUGAGCACCUGCGGCAAAUGACCCUGGUGUUGAUCGGUCUCUUCGAUUCAUCCACGCACCGAAUCUGGAGGGAAGAUCGUAUUAAGGAAACGACUCUCGCCCGACCUGAAGAGCUUCCAUCUAUCGACCCCAAGUGGCUUCGACGCAACGCAGCCAGUGUUUUCCAGGUCAUGGACCCCAUCAUGGACAGGCAUUUCCUCGAGCUCGCGGACAAGAAGAGCCUAGUAAAUCGGCUAUGGCGCACCCUAGUGGGAGCGGUUGCAUCCGCCUGCUCGAAGGAGAUCAAAGUCUCCGUUGACACCACGGCUUUCCUUUCGCAGAUGUGCGGCCUUCUGCUGAAGCAUUGGGAGACUGGUUUGGGCGAGAUGAAAGAGCCUGACUCAGAAACGGUGGUGCGAUUCUUGGGAAGUGCGCGGGAGCUCAUCACAACAGCAGUUGAAGCUUUGGGUCUGCUGCCCUUCACCGAGAAGAUGAUCUCACUAGGACGGACUCAGACCUUUACGCCUGUCUCAACACCCUCUCACAAGCCCGGCAAGACCUCUGGAGACACCAGAACCCCCCUCCACCAUCUGUUCGGCUUGGUGUCACGGCUUCCUCCUGGUAUUCCCGAUAACGAGGACUUUGUCGACUUUUUUCGCGCUGUCUUCACGCCAUUCUUUGCAAACAAAUCACCAAAGGCCCGUUCUGACCUUGCCCAGGAGAUGCUAUCUAUUCCCCCCAGUUGGUCACCCACAGAUGCACAAGUACCCUAUGCGCCAUGGGUGUUUGCCUCCGAUUGCCUAGUUGCCACUCUCAACAUGUCUCAGAAUAGUGCCCAGACGAACAGCUCAACUGGCGAGCCGAUUCUUGGUCCCGAGUACCGUGCAGUAGUUCGGCUCCUUGAGCGCGGAUGGAAGGAGGCGCCGAACUUGCCUUGGCAACACUGGUGCACACUCUACUCCCUGUUGUCUAACAGAUCCAGCGAGGAAGCUGGCGAAGCUGGCCGAGCCCUAGGAGCAAUCGAACCACUCGCAAAGGUCAUUCGGGAAAGCCUUCCCACAGAACGUGCCGCGACAAUUCCCUCAAAGACUAUUGUAGCUACAACGGAGUUGCUGUCUGUUGCCAGUCAUCCGCUUGACAGACAAGCUCUUGAAGCAGCUCGGCGACGAUUAUGGGGCACGGCUAUUACCGGCCCCAGAUCUUUAUCCUUCGACCCUUUCGACUACUUGUACAAGCUGACCGGUGAAUUAUUGGAGCGUCUGUACGAGAAUGGCGAGAAUGGAAGUCUCGAUGAAAAUGUCGCCAAUUUCCUGAGAGAAACAGCCGGCUUUUUGUCCCGCUGCAACCCAGAGCUUGUUCCAAAGGCCGUGGCCAACUUGGAGAGUGGUCUUACCAUGUGGAUUCGGGACUCGCAGGGCAUCAUCAAGACUCGGCAGAGCCCUGCAUCAUCGGAAGCAGUCAAGUUGCUGUGGGACACCAUCGCAAAGAUCAUCUUGUCAGGUGACAAGCCGGAAGAAGUUCACUUGGAUAUGUACGAGGAAUUGUUUUGCGCCGCCUUCGAAAGCAAGCAUCGACACAUUGUCAACUCGAUCUCAGAGACAUGGAAUCGUCUGUACGAAAACGCAGAGAACAUUCAGUAUCCCGAGCACCUCAAGGCUGUACUGCUUUCUGUACAGCCCAUGGUCGACAUUGUUUUGCCAGGUCUUGAAGUCGCUAGCAUCGCGUCUACUGGGCAGAAUCGGUCGUUCGUUGAGUCUCAGGACGACAUCGAAAUGCUGAGUGUCGAAUCGACGCGUUCGUCACGCAAGAAGCUCCGGUCUGUGUCCAACCAGUCUUCUCCACUUAGUUCGAUACAGCGUUCAUCUGCGAAGCUCAAGGCCCAAAAGGUCUCCAAGAGAACGCGUGGCAAGGCCCGUACUCCUACAGCUCGCUUGAGGCACGACGAUUCACAAAUACAAUUUGCGCCAAUCGAGAUGUCGCCUUUGAAUCCCAACACAGACGCGGAAUCGCAAGUUCUCACGGAGCGACAGAAGGAAAUCCGGGAAAGACAGAAGGACACUUCAGCAAUGUUCCCUGAGAUGCGCUCUAGCCCUGCUCCUCAGUCUAAGGAAAAUGAACCUCCUAAGCCUGACGCCGCUCCAGCGAAGGGCCCCGAGACUCCCAAGGAUGUCACGCCAAAGCGAAGCCAGCGCUACGAAGAGUUCGUCAGCUCAACCCCAACCCCUCGACGAGGCCAAGCCAUUGCUAUUGCCGAGCAAGACCACGAUCAUGACAUGACAGACCCGCCAUCUUCGCCACCUGAACCCCGUCCUUUCCCUCUACUCUCCCAGAUCAAGUCGCGAUCUAGCAGUCGCAGUGAACUGGAGGACUGGCAAUUCAGCUCUUCUCCUGUUUCUGGCUCACCUCCCGUGGAGGCUGCGACCUCGAUGGAGGAGCCUACCAAGCUCGAGCUGUCGAAGAACGUCGCGCCUCAGCAAGAUUCGAGAUCAGCCAGUCCUGACUUGAGCUCCGCCGUCGACGACUCAUUCCAGAUGAUACCUUCCAGCGUUGCUGAACCCGAACUUCCUCCGUCUGCGUUCGAGACGGCGCCGGAGGCCCAUGAAUCCGAGGAUAUCAACACCGAGUCUGCUCUGGCAAAUGAGGCCGAAGGCACUCCCUCUACUCCUAAGAACACCCGGACGGUCGACAUGGACGAGCCAAGGUCGGGCGGCGAGGUGUUUGUUGACGCUCCUUCCAGCCCUGCGCCCAACGUUCUAACCCGCUCCGCCUUGCGCAACGCUGCUAACAACCGGUCUUUUGAAAUGAGUGACGGCGAUGAAAAUAGCAUGUUGAGACUAGUGGUGGAACUCGACCGUAGGCGGUGCGACCUCCCGAUCAACGACUACCCUGCAGUGUCACCUCCCCGAGCUGACAGGACACCCAGGAGCACGAAGAAGCAGAAGACACCUGUGCUGGACUGCAUCACUGUUGGCGGCGAGGACGACUCGGACGAGGAAGAAAUUGAAGACGAUGAGCCGGCGGAACUUGCUCUGUCCCAGGUGGAGACCCGAUCCCGGAAGAGCAAAUCCCUUUCGCAAGAGGCUCUCGCCACUCCGGCUGAUUCUACUACGGCUUCAUCCCCCGACAAGUCUGGAAAGAAGAAGCGUAAGAGGGGCUCGUCGAAGUACGACACCCGCCGCAAGAAGCGCCGCUCCGUCGAUAACGCCGAUGAAGUCGUCUCGUCGUCGCAGCCCGAACCGGAAAUUUCGCAGGUAGAGACUUCGCAAAUGAUGUCUCCCCUUCUUGGAUCAUCCUCCCAGGACGUCCAGCCCGGUCCACACGACACACCCUCGCGUCGGUCCACCGGAUCUCGCAGCGAUGACUAUGAAGCCGAGCUUCAAUCCCAGGUUGUCGCCGAGCAACAGGAGGCAAGCUUCCGUGAAAGCCAAUCUCAGGAGCCGCCCAUGGAGCUGCAGCCCACCCCGAGCGCCGCCUUCGAAGACUCCAUGGAGGUCGAAAUUCCUGAACAACUUCCCGCGUCUACCCCGGCUCACGUCCAGCCUCCUUCAGGAUCUCUUUCUCCACAACCUACAUCCCCAGGCAUGGAGGAGACCCCCGCAAAGCCCGCCAAGGACGUCAACAUGCUCAGCUCACUCAGCAGCGUCCUCGCCAACCUCCGGUCCGCAUCCCUGUCGCGCGACGAGGUUUACAAGAUGGAGGAUAUGCUCAUGGACAUCAAGCGCGAGCUCUUCGCCGCCGAGGCUCGCGGACGAGCUUGA